CAUCCUCAAACCCGGCUGCUCGGCGCUGGGCUCCGGAGGGGGGCGGCUGCGGGUGGAGGUGCGCCUCUGACGAGCCCGAAAGUCAUUUCCAACCUCAAGUGGACUUUGUUCCAACUAUUGGGGGCGUCGCUCCCCCUCUUCAUGAUCGCCGGCAAACUUCCUCCUCGGCGCCGCUUCUAAUGGAGCCCCACCUGCUCGGGCUGCUCCUCGGCCUCCUGCUCAGUGGCACCAGGGUCCUCGCCGGCUACCCAAUUUGGUGGUCCCUGGCCCUGGGCCAGCAGUACACAUCUCUGGGCUCCCAGCCUCUGCUCUGCGGCUCUAUCCCAGGCCUGGUCCCCAAGCAGCUGCGCUUCUGCCGCAAUUACAUUGAGAUUAUGCCCAGCGUAGCAGAAGGCGUGAAACUGGGCAUCCAGGAGUGUCAGCAUCAGUUCCGGGGCCGCCGCUGGAACUGUACCACCGUAGACGACAGCCUGGCCAUCUUUGGGCCUGUCCUGGACAAAGCCACCCGCGAAUCGGCCUUCGUGCACGCUAUCGCCUCGGCGGGUGUAGCCUUCGCGGUCACGCGCUCCUGCGCCGAGGGCACCUCCACCAUCUGCGGCUGCGACUCGCAUCACAAGGGGCCGCCGGGAGAGGGCUGGAAGUGGGGUGGCUGCAGCGAGGACGCCGACUUCGGGGUGCUGGUGUCCCGGGAGUUCGCGGACGCGCGGGAGAACAGGCCGGAUGCCCGCUCAGCUAUGAACAAGCACAACAACGAAGCAGGCCGCACGACCAUCCUUGACCACAUGCACCUGAAAUGCAAAUGCCAUGGGCUGUCGGGCAGCUGCGAGGUGAAGACCUGCUGGUGGGCCCAGCCCGACUUCCGAGCCAUUGGCGAUUUCCUCAAGGACAAGUACGACAGCGCCUCAGAGAUGGUGGUGGAGAAGCACCGGGAGUCCCGAGGCUGGGUGGAGACCCUGCGGGCUAAGUACGCGCUCUUCAAGCCGCCCACCGAGAGGGACCUGGUCUACUACGAGAACUCUCCCAACUUUUGUGAGCCCAACCCCGAGACGGGCUCCUUUGGCACCAGGGACCGGACUUGCAACGUCACCUCCCACGGCAUCGACGGCUGCGACCUGCUGUGCUGUGGCCGGGGCCACAACACGAGGACGGAGAAGCGGAAGGAGAAAUGCCAUUGCGUCUUCCACUGGUGCUGCUACGUCAGCUGCCAGGAGUGCAUCCGUAUCUAUGACGUGCACACCUGCAAGUAGGGAGCCAGGGCACUGGGAAAGGGUAGCUUGUACGGCUGGAUCCAUUCAUCGGAGUCUCAUGGGAAGCAGGAUCUAGAUCUGGGCCAGCCUUCGGCACUGGCCAGCAAGGAGCGUGGACUGUUGCCAGCUGCAUGUGAUAAACGACCCGGACCCAGCCGGCUUCGGAGGGGAGGCUUCUCCUUUCUCAGCUAACGUCUCUCACCCUGCUCUGGAUGGUGUGGCUUUACAGAGGGGCUUUCCUGGUGGUUUUCCAGGGUCUGCUGGGGACAGACCCGAGGCUUACCUUUGCACAUGUUAAAGAAAAUAAAAAUGAAAAAAAAAAAUCUACUGCAACAGAACAGGCUGGGCUAAUGCAAGCUCUUGGCCUGGUGGGAAAGACAAGGGUGGGGCAAGAGUCUGUGUCCAGGCUGCCUACUCGUGAUGUUCCAAGAUGCCUCUGAGGUGGGAAUUGUGAAAUAGGUCAGAACCUCGCAGUCCCCUUUUGUCCAUCCACUCCCAUUCAAAUUGGACACACGUUCCCAUUGUGAGAAAAGCCAUAGGUGUAGCUGGGAUAUAGCAGCGGAGGCCCUGUGCCAUUGUUGAAGCAGGAUCUUGAAUUUUGAAGAGCCGAGAGUUCCAGGCGGCCUGGGAAGCCAUUUGAAGAACAGCUGAGUUCCUCCUGGGCAAUUUUUUUUUUUUCCCUAUCGCCCUGCCCUGC